GAACAGUAUCGGCCCACCCUGUGAAUGAGUUGUUUCGAAAAAUAAAACAAACAAAAGUGUCAGUUUUUUGAAUUCACAUAUUUUCCAAAAAAUCUAUAACCCAUCGAUAAAAUGGAGCACACAGAGUUCCGCGUCAAAGCUAAAGAGAUGGUAGACUACAUAGCUGAUUACCUGGAGAACAUUCGAGACCGUCGGGUGUACCCCAGCGUGCAGCCAGGCUACCUGCACAAGCUGCUGCCGAAGGAAGCCCCCCAGACUCCUGAGCGAUGGGACGAUAUCUUCAAAGAUGUGGAUGAGCAUAUUAUGCCCGGGUUGGUGCACUGGCAAAGUCCCCAUAUGCACGCGUACUUCCCCGCGCUCACCUCAUACCCCUCAAUCAUGGGGGAGAUGCUGUCCAGCGCCCUCAACGUGCUGUGCUUUACUUGGGCCUCAUCUCCCGCUGGUACUGAGUUGGAGACUAUAGCUAUGAACUGGCUCGGCAAGCUGCUGGGGCUACCGGAUUGCUUCCUCAACGAGAAGAAUGAUAGCCCGGGCGGUGGAGUUAUACAGACAACAGCAAGUGAAGCGACCCUAGUAAGUCUUCUAGCAGCGCGCACGAGGGCUCUGAUGGAACUCUCCAAGCUGAACCCUGAGGUGCAGUCAGCCGAACUGCUGGGACAUCUGAUAUGUUACUGUUCAGACCAGGCUCAUUCUUCGGUGGAGAAGGCUGGACUUAUUGGUCUGGUCCGCAUGCGCUACAUCGAGUCGGAUGAGAACCAGAGCAUGCGAGGAGACCAGCUCGACAAAGCCAUCGCCAGCGACAAGGAAAAGGGACUCGUUCCAUUCUGGGUUUGCGCGACUCUCGGCACAACAGGUUCGGUAGCCUUCGACAAUCUUCGUGAGAUCGGCCAGGUGUGUGAGAAGCACGGAGCCUGGUUGCAUGUCGAUGCUGCGUAUGCAGGCAGUGCAUUCACUUGUCCUGAGUACAGGCACUGGCUCGAUGGCAUUGAGAUGGCUGACUCCUUCGCCUUCAAUCCUUCUAAGUGGCUGAUGGUCAACUUCGAUUGUACUGCUAUGUGGGUAAAAGACAGCACAGCUCUUCACAGGACUUUCAACGUGAACCCAAUUUAUUUGAGGCACGAGAAUUCAGGAAAAGCAAUUGACUACAUGGUCGGUGACAGAAAGUCAUACUACAAGAAAAACCCACUGAGGAAGAUAAACAACAUCUUAAAAGGUACAGCCAACCCAACGAUCACCGUAAACGGUGAUGAAGCAACAAACGGUGAUGAAAUCAUCACCAAAACCGACAAACCAAAGAUUGAAAAAGAUAUAAACGGGAAUAUAGAAAACGGUGAUGUCGGAAAAGAUGAUGACUUGUACGAAGAUGAUGAUGAUGUAAACCUACAUGGUUACAACAAUAUGUCUUCUGGUUGUGGUGAACAGAUACAACUUGAAGAUCCGCAUAAGAAAGAACUUCUACACUGGCAAAUUCCACUCAGUCGUCGCUUCAGGGCUUUGAAGUUAUGGUUUGUUCUCCGUAACUAUGGUGUGACAGGGAUUCAGAAGCAUAUUCGUGAGGGCGUUCGUUUGGCUCAGAAGUUUGAAGCUCUUGUUUUGGCUGAUCAGCGAUUUGAGAUUCCUCAACCGAGGAAUUUGGGCAUGGUAGCGUUCCGUAUGAAGGGAGACAACGCUUUGACCGAACGGCUGCUGAAGCGCUUGAACGCCCGCGGCUUCAUCCACGCCGUGCCAGCCUGCUUUAAAGGAACAUAUGUCAUUAGAUUCACUGUCACCUCUUCUAGGACUACCAACCAGGAUAUCUUGGAUGACUGGAAUGAAAUAAAGACUGUUGCAAAGGAAAUACUGACAGAUGUCUUUGGAUCAGAGGAUGGUAAUAUUGUCGUGCCGAAGAAACCUAGGAUCUCUCUCAAAGAAACUCGUGAGCUGAACGCGACAUUUGGUACCAGUCUUCUCUUAGCCAACAGCCCUAUGAGUCCUAAGAUUGUCAAUGGUACCCACGCCGCUAUUUGCGAUUACGAACAACUCCUGACUUCUUGCGCCCAUACCUUCGCUCAGUUGAAAAUGGAGCCUAAAGACAGCCCCGAGAUGCGCCGACGCAUCAGGGGUAUCAAAAUGGUUGGCAAGAAGUUCUCCCUGGACUCCUGCAUGGACAUGGUCCAGGGUAUGAUGGUGGAACAGUCUCUUCCUCAGUGUUGCGAAGACGAGAGGGAAGACGUCUCCAAUGGAUCCAGCCCGGGAGACAGGUCCUCGUUAACAUCAUCACCAGUGACAUCUAUCGGGACUAUCAAGCAAGAAACAAAUUCAGACACAAACCAACUGCAAGUACCUAUUGCUCCUUCUCGACAGAGGUCUAAAUCCGUCGACGUGGCACUCUCCGGGCUUUCCUUAGACGACGCCAAAAUAACUAUCGAUGUAAAAAACAAUGAAAUUAUAAUCACUCCUACAGCAUCCAAAGAUAUAGCCGAAGAAAUGACUUCUAAAACAGAUUAUAGAGAAAUAGAGGAAAAAUUAAAUAUUGGGGAUAAAAUCACUCAGGCGUUCGAAAAUUUUCAGGACGGGUUGCAAAUGUUGAGCGAGUAUAAAAAUACUGUUGAUAAAGAUGAUUCUAAUACUAAGUUGACUAUCAGAGGUCCUGGUAGUUAUAUUAAGAAAUUGAUACAACAGUUUAGUGAAGGGCCUUUUGAAACUGAAGACUCUAAGCCUGAGUCUGACAGGGCUAUGUCUACGCAAACUAUUAAGGAUAGGGCCGAUGCAAUCUGUAAAAAAUGCUUGCAUUACAAAGGAAAGAUUUCGAAGUAAUUUUGGAAAGAUAUUUAACAGUAUUUUUAUAUUAAGUUCAACUUUAAAGCAACUGUUUCAUUUUUUACGCUUAUUUUGAUAAAUAUUUGCCUGGAUCGAUAGUCACGUGUAUAAUUUUAAUAUCUUCUUGCUUUUGUUACGCUAAAAUGUUAUAGUAUUUUAAGAAUAUUAUAUAUCUCAAGACUUAUUGUUUUUUGGAGGUAUUCCUCGGAGCGCCACCGUUUUGAGGCGCACCCGAAAAGAGCGAGAGAGAGGAGCGUACCUUUUAGUAACGCUCCCGAAAAAAAUUAUUACUAAAAGGAGCGCUCCGACUAAUAAUGAAAGUGCCUCUUAUCUAGUGCGCCUCAAAACGGUGGCGCUUCGAGAAAUACCUUUUUUUUCUGAACCAAUGUGAUUAUCACUUGUUAAACAUUACUUUAAGGAAUUUAGUUCUGUUAAAUGGUGAAGGAUAAUAUUUUAAGUUAAUGCACAAUUAUUUGCUUCUUGUAUUUAAAUAAUAUGCUUUUGUAAAAUAUUUUCACACCGUUAUUAGUUAUUUUAAGUUAAUAAUAUAAUGAGAAAACGUAUCGUAUUUCCAUUAUAUACACAAUGUAAAUUAAUCAUGUAUAUCCAAAAAAUAUCCAUGUUUAUAAAACGAAAAAUGUAUCUCAUAUAUUCGAAAUACAUGCAAUGUACCUACUUUCG